UACAUUGCCGCAUAGUUAGUCCUUCAAUUCAAGUCAUCAAUAUCAGUCGAUUCGAGAGAAUUCAUUGCGUUUCCUUCGAAUACGCUGUCGUUUAUCCUUAUCCUCACGGCGGCCCAAGCGAGCACCAGUGGAGCGAUCGCCGGAAUAUCUUGCAGUCCGGCCGGUACAUGCGCUCGUUGAUAUGUAUGUUUUGUUUUGUGCAGACCAUGGAGGGAAGAAAGUGGCUGAAGGUUGUAAUUUUGAUGAGUUCGAUUGUUUUAUGUGGUGCUAGAGCAGAACUCAGAGUCAAGCACAAAGAUCAUUUGUCCAACUACAAUCACACACUCGCGACAAUAUUAGUGGAGUAUGCUUCUGCAGUAUACUUGUCAGAUAUGACAGAAUUAUUUACUUGGACUUGCUCAAGAUGUGAUGGUCUGACUAAGGGAUUUGAGGUGAUAGAACUGAUUGUGGAUGUUCAGCACUGCUUACAGGGAUUUGUUGGGGUGGCAAAGGAUCUUAAUGCUAUUGUGAUUGCAUUCCGAGGAACUCAGGAACGCAGUUUACAGAAUUGGAUUGAAGACCUGUACUGGAAGCAGCUCGACUUAAAUUACCCUGGCAUGCCUAAUGCAAUGGUGCACCAUGGAUUUUAUUCUUCAUACCAUAACACAACCAUACGUCCUGGAAUUGUAAAUGCUGUUAAACAAGCAAAGGAAAUGUAUGGGGAGAUUAAUGUUAUGGUUACAGGUCACUCAAUGGGAGGGGCUAUGGCUGCCUUUUGUGGAUUGGAUCUCAUGGUCAACAUUGAAGCCAAAAAUGUUCAUGUUGUGACGUUUGGACAACCUCGUAUUGGUAACGCUGCUUUUGCAUCUUACUAUAGCCAACUUGUACCAAACACAGUUCGAGUCACAAAUGACCAUGAUAUAGUUCCUCAUUUGCCACCUUAUUAUUCUCAUUUUGCCCAAAAGACAUACCAUCACUUCCCAAGAGAGGUAUGGCUUUAUAAGAUUGGAUUUGGUAGUUUAGUUUAUCGAGCUGAGAAGGUCUGUGAUGGUUCUGGCGAAGACCCAUCUUGUAGUAGGUCAGUGCGUGGGAACAGCAUUUCAGACCAUUUAGAGUAUUAUGGAGUUAAACUAGGGGGCGAGUCAACUGGAACAUGCAGAAUUGUGACGGAUCCUAGUUUUGCUGCAUACAGCACGCGAGAUAUUGGGGGAAAUUUCAUCUUGUCCAGAGAUCCUCCUGCUUCCUUCGUGAAAAUGAAGAUUGAAUCAAGCAACUCAAGCAACUUCAGUUGGAAUUUGUUUGAUCAAUAGAGGGGUUUCUCCCAGGAUUAACCAGGAAGGCCAUUCCUUUCCAUUCUUCUUUAGAGUCCCUGUAGAACUGUGAGUGAUGAGUAUCCCUCAUGGGCUAGCAGGGGAGGAUGUGUAUAUAUACUAAAUUGUAGAUAUAACUUGUGUCAAUAUUUAUAUUGCAUAUUGAAGAUCUGAUUCAAAAGGAAAAAAUAAAUUUCAUCUUUGUUUAUACAUAUAUUGCAUGCUAAUGAUUUCAUACGAAAUUUAUUCUAGAAUAUUCUU